AUGGAGAGGAGUCGAGCCUGCAAAACAGCGACUGCGUCGGACAGAUGGAUUUGCAGUGCCUUGUUCAGAGCCGACAGCGAUCGUGGACUUGUUAGCUUCUCGGCCAAGCGAAUGAGCACGCCUGGCAACGGGAGAAAAGGGGGAAAAAAGGUAAAAAAAAACAACAGAAUUAUUGCAAAAUGCCCUUCGAAGGCGACAGAGACGAGCAACUCAACUGCCCAACCCGAUCUUCUGCCUCAACUGUCCGGUCUCCUGAUUGACGGUCGUGAGAGUGACCAAAACGCCAUCUUCUCGACGGUCUGGAGAAUCCUUGUCUCCGGGGCAACCUCAACUUGCGGAUCGACUGCUUUGAGUGCGCCGAUCUGUACCAUGACCGCGGCAACAGUACCCUCGUUUCCGGGUGAAACCACCAAAAGACGUGGAGUAAAGGUCUGA